UCAUCCCCAACUGUUCCGUACGACCGCAUUUGUCGGAUGACAACGAAUUACUCAACUAUUUACUCCAGGAGCUGUUUUGGACUCGAGGUGACAGAACUAAGCGAUCUACUUAUCGUAAAGACGCCUGGGAUAGAAAUGGCGACUCCCCUGUUACGGUGCUUUCGAGCUGUAAACAAGACAAAUAUAUGGAAGUUAAUAAAUUUUGGAGGAGACGUGAGAUGGGAAAGUUCGGUUUUAAGUGGAAAAACUCUACGGAUUGGAUGUGCCAGUGGAUUUUGGGGAGAUACGGCUACGGCGGUUCCUCAGUUGGUUCAUUUGGGAAAAUUAGAUUUCUUAGUUUUCGAUUAUUUAUCUGAGAUUACUAUGUCUCUCUUGGUGGCAGCUAAAAAAAAAUUCCCUGAAUAUGGAUAUACACCAGAUUUUGUCUUAGCUGCUAUGGCACCAAAUCUGUCUGCAAUCAAACAACAAGGUAUUCGGGUAAUUAGUAAUGCUGGUGGUAUUAGUCCUCAUUUAUGUGCAAAGGCUUUGAAAGAAGAAGCAUCUAAACAAGGAAUUGAAAUUAAUGUUGCAGUUAUAACUGGUGAUGAUCUAAUGGCAGAAAAAGAAAGAAUUGAAAAAGAGAAUUAUAAAGAGAUGACUUCAGAUUUACCAUUUCCUAAAACAGUUAACAGCAUGAAUGCUUAUCUUGGAGCAGGUCCAAUAUCUGCAGCUUUAGACAAAGGAGCUGAAGUAGUAAUAACAGGACGUUGUGUUGAUAGUGCAAUAGUACUUGGUCCACUUAUACAUAAUUUUAAAUGGAAACUUGAUGAUUGGGACAAGCUUGCAUCAGGCAGUCUGGCAGGCCAUCUUGUUGAAUGUGGAGCACAAUCAACAGGAGGAAUAUUUACAGACUGGCAUCAAGUUUCUGAUUGGGAUAAUAUGGGAUUUCCAAUAGUAGAAUGUGCAGGAGAUGGAAAAUUUAUCAUCACAAAACCAGAGUCAACUGGAGGAUUAGUAUCCACUGCAACAGUUUCUGAACAAUUGUUGUAUGAAAUAGGUGAUCCACAAAAUUACUUAUUGCCAGAUGUGACUUGUGAUUUUACUCAAGUAAAGUUAACUCAAAUUGCUGAUGAUAAUGUAUUAGUUGAAGGAGCAAAGGGUAAACCACCUACAAAUGAAUAUAAGGUAAGUGCUACAUAUUCUGAUGGUUAUAGAGCCAUAGCAGUAUGCCCAAUUAAAGGACCUAGAGCUGUAGAAAAAGCUGAAAAAUCUGCAGAAGCUGUAUUAAAAAGAUGUAACAAGAUAUUUGAUUACAUGCAAUUGGGAAAUUUUAGAAGAGUUUACAUGGAAAUUUUAGGUUCUGAACAGAGUUAUGGAAGGAAAGCUAUAUCAAAAGAAAAGGCUCCUCGUGAAGUAGUUAUGUGGGUUGGAGUACAUCAUGACAAUAAAUUAGCAUUACAACUUUUUGCAAGAGAAUUAGCAUCUUCUGCUACAGGAGGAGGUAAUUUAUUUACUGAUAUUGAAAUAAGCAUGAAUGACAAAACUGAAAAUUAUGAUGUUGAAUUAUUUAAAAAUAUUGAUAUUGAAGAAAAUAAAUCCACAGUACAAAUUGAAAAGAAAAAUAAUCUUAAGACUGGAACAAACACUUAUCGCUUGGAAGAUCUGGCUUAUACUAGAAGUGGUGAUAAAGGAGAUACUGCAAAUAUUGGUGUGAUUGCACGUCAUCCUUUAUUUGUUCCGUAUCUUGAACAUUAUUUAAGUGAAGCUGCUGUAGCAGAUUAUUUUGUUCAUUUAUUUGAAAACUCUGAGUCACCACAUCAUAAUGUUAAAAGAUACUAUUUGCCAGGAAUAAAUGCUUUUAAUUUUGUGCUGAACAGAGCAUUAGGUGGUGGUGGUAUUGCAUCUUUAAGAAGUGAUCCACAGGGGAAAGCAUUGGGCCAAAUACUUCUGGAUUUUGAAUUUCAGAAUAUGCCAACUAUUGAAGAGAUUAAAAAUAAAUAAAAAUGAGUUAUGAUAACUAGUAAAAUAGAAUCAAACUAGUACAAAUAGUGCCAAAUAAUUAAAAAGUAAAUUUUUUGUCAAACUGAUUAUAUAUUAUGCUAAUUUCAUAAAAUGAAAUGUUCCAUUU